CAUUUAGCUUGUUGUUCUGUUGUUUGAGGAGGCCUGGUUCUUAGAUCAAUUUGGAGUCCUUCACGAUGGCAAACAACCUUAUCCUGGUGCAAUUUCAACAUUAGAAAAAUUGGCAACCAAUGGUGCCAAGAUGGUGAUUAUAAGUAAUUCGUCAAGACGUGCAUCAACAACAAUGAACAAAAUGAAGACCCUUGGAUUUGAUCCCUCUCUUUUUGAAGGAGCCAUCACCAGUGGAGAAUUAACACAUCAAUACUUGCAAAGGAGAGAUGAUCCUUGGUUUGCAGCACUGGGAAGGUCUUGCAUUCAUAUAACCUGGAGUGACGGGUGCUAUAUCUCUUGAGAUGCUUGUAGGUUUAAGCUUAAAAGUUGUGGACAAUGUUGAAGAAGCUGAGUUUGUUUUGGUCCAUGGAACUGAAGCCUUGGGGCUUCCUUCUGGUAACAUCCGUCCAGUGAGUCUUGAGGAUCUUGAGAAAAUAUUGGAGCAAUGCGCUUCUAAAAGGAUUCCCAUGAUUGUAGCUAAUCCAGACUUUGUGACCGUCGAGGCUAGAGCUUUAAUUAUCAUGCCUGGUACAUUGGCUGCCAAAUAUGAAAAGCUUGGGGGUGAAGUGAAAUUGAUGGGGAAGCCUGAUAAGAUAAUAUACAAAUCAGCUAUGGCAAUGGUUGGUGUGGAUGCUUCUGAUUCUAUAGCUAUGGGUGAUUCCCUUCAUCAUGAUAUUCAGGGUGCAAAUGAGGCUGGAAUCGCUUCAGCAUUUAUCACUGGAGGGAUCCAUGCAACUGAGCUUGGAAUCAGUAGUUUUGGGCAAGUUGCAGAUUUAUCUUCUGUACAGGCCCUUGCAGCCAAAUAUGAUGCAUAUCCAACAUAUGUGUUGCCAGCAUUUGCAUGGUAGAAUCACACAACGGGUUAAGUGUCAAGAUCGUGCUCAAAUGGUGCUCUUUUGCCAUGGUCGCUGAAUCUUUAUUUCUUUGGUGUAGAAAUCCCAUGUCCCAGUUGUAAAUUCUAUAGAUUGGAUCUUACUGCUUCAAGGUAGUAGAACAAAAGUGCUGAUUUAGAUGUGGACCAUUUAACAAUUGUAUG